AAGGAUGACCUUAUUUCAUAAUUUUUUUCUUUUUUAAGUAAACUGUUUUCUAUAUUGCCAGUAUUGAGUUUGCAGUUGAUCCGAUCACUAGGUUUAAAUUUCUUUAUCUGCACCAUGUCUACCUACUUCCAAUACCCAACUCCCGAGGUGCAGGAGGAGCUGAAGAAGAUCGCGCAGGCGAUCGUCGCUCCCGGCAAGGGUAUCCUGGCUGCUGAUGAAUCGACUGGUACGAUGGGCAAGCGUCUCCAAGACAUUGGAGUUGAAAACACCGAGGAGAAUCGCCGCAAGUACCGUCAAAUGCUCUUCAGCACCGACCCGGCGGUGUCUGAGAACAUCUCUGGCGUGAUCCUGUUCCACGAGACGUUGUACCAGAAGGCUGAUGAUGGUACCCCGCUGGUAUCUCUGCUGGAGAAGCGCGGAAUCAUCCCCGGCAUCAAGGUCGAUAAGGGUGUGGUCCCACUGUUCGGAUCCGAAGACGAGUGCACCACACAAGGUCUUGAUGAUCUGGCACAGCGUUGUGCUCAAUAUAAGAAGGACGGUUGUCACUUCGCCAAGUGGCGUUGCGUGCUGAAGAUUGCCCGCAACACUCCUUCCUACCAGGCCAUCAUGGAGAAUGCUAAUGUGCUCGCUCGUUAUGCCUCCAUCUGCCAGAGCCAGCGCAUCGUACCCAUUGUGGAGCCUGAGGUGUUGCCUGAUGGUGAACACGACUUGGACCGCGCUCAGAAGGUGACUGAGAUUGUGCUCGCGGCCGUGUACAAGGCGCUCAGCGACCACCACGUCUACCUUGAGGGUACACUGCUCAAACCUAACAUGGUGACUGCGGGCCAGUCCUGCAAGAAGACCUACACUCCCAUGGACAUUGGACGCGCCACAGUCACAGCACUGCUGCGUACCGUGCCUGCUGCUGUUCCCGGCAUCACAUUCCUGUCUGGUGGUCAAUCGGAAGAGGAGGCGUCUGUUAACCUGAAUGCCAUCAACUCUGUGGACAUGAAGAAGCCGUGGGCGCUGACCUUCAGCUACGGGCGUGCUCUGCAGGCGUCGGUGCUUCGUGCGUGGGGUGGAAAGCCCGAGAACGUGCCUGUUGGUCAACAGGAGCUGCUCAAGAGAGCCAAGGCGAACGGGCUGGCGGCCAGCGGGAAAUACGUCGCCGGAUCGAUCCCAUCUCUUGCAGCUUCCAAAUCUAAUUUCGUCAAAUCGCACGCGUAUUAAAACAAAAUGGCUGCCGAAUUUUAAGCAUUUUUAAUCUACUAGUUCUUCCAACUAUUUAAAAAACUUUGUUAUUUUUGAAUGCACAGUCUUAUCUAAUUUUGCAUUUUAUUCUAUUGCAUGAUAUUGCUUAAAAGAUUUUUUCUUCUACAUAUGUUAAGUUUAAAAUAUAUAAUACGUAUAGUGCAAACAAAAAAAUUUAAUCAAGAUAUUUAUAACAUGGAUAAAAUAAAAUUAUGAUUAUGAAUCAAUAUUUAAAUUUAAAAAAAAAUCUUUAAGAAAUAUAUAAAAUUAUUUACAAGGUAAGUCCGCAAUCGAAUUUACAAUUUCCUGUAAUUAGUUUAUUAUUCUGACAGUUUUCAAAUAUAUAAUUUAUUACAGUUUAUUUUAUAUACAAUUGGAAUAUUUUAUAUCUGUCAUUAGAACUUGCAUUUGUAUUUAACCAAAUAUACUCAUUGUCUGAACAAAAUUAACGGAAAACAUUUCCAAUGAUACACUUAUACGAAAACAUGUUUUCUCUUUUAUUUGGCUGAAGAAUGAGAGAACGAAAUAUGUUUAUGUAUAAGUUUUUUGGUAAUGAAAACUCAUUGUAAUCGAGUAAAAUACAAUUUCACCCUCCUUUUAAGACUGAAUGAUUUAAAGUCAAUGAGUGUAUCCUAUUUUGUAUUUGUCACUAAUAUUGAGCACUACUAACCUUUGUUUCUUUUUUAUUAAAAAAAA